AUGGCGGACUGUAUUCAUGAAAUUCAACCAGAAGAUUUCAUUAAACGUGUGGAGCUUAAGGAAAAAUAUGAAGAGUUGGUUGAAUGCAUAGACUGUCAUCAGCCGACUAUACAACAUAUAGACGGGGAGUUGAAUACAAUCACUCAGAAUGUACACUUAGGCAGGACUAUUCCUACUACAUGGAAUAAUCUAACACAACAAUUGACGCCAAAAGUAUUUCGUGAAUUGAUUACUGCAUCCUAUGAAGAGCUUACAAAGAAUCUAACACCAACCAUCAGACGCCUUUUAGAAUUUCAAUCGUUUGACUUUCUGCUGACGUCUGAAAUUGGUCAGCUACCAAAACCAUUUGCUAUUGAAGGUGCUAUGAAUUUCAUAUCAGAUCAAAUUGACAAUAUACAAGGCGAAAUGAACUGGUUACGUGGCCAUCUUGGACCAAUUAUCCUCUCUGAGGAUAGAUGUCAUCUCUUUGCGAGUAGAGACUAUAACGACAGUGAUAUUAUUAACAGUGAUAAUAACAAUUCAGAAAUUGUAGUGUUUGAUGAAACUGUCAGGGGAUUGGCUCAACUGGUUAACUACUGUAUGACUAUUUAUCAAAAUCUACAGUUGGAAUGUUUGCCAGCCGUUCAAACGUAUCAUGACACUAUGAAUUAUGCGGCAUGCUACUUGAAGACUAUUCAACGUCAAAUAGAUGUAUUAUUAGUACCGUUGGCAGAAGAAAAUAACAGUAGACAGACAAUUGUCAGCAGUCGAGAUGUUAAUGAAGAGGUUACUUUAGUCAUUUAUGAAAAACUGGAGACUCUUCGAACUGGUAAAGACCAGUGUUUGCAACUUUUGAACAGUGUUCAAAAUAAUCAUCGAAGCAUUGUUGAUAAGCUGAAUAAUUCCGUAGAACAAUUUCAAUAUUCAAUUCACAAAUUGCCUAUGGCGAAACAAGAUUCCUCGACAGCAGAUACAACAACCACAACAUUAUAUAAUAUUGAAAAUAUCCGGAAUUCAGUUAUUUCUGUUGAAUUAAUCUCUGAAAAUUUGAUGGAUUUUACAAAUCAAUUAAAGAAUAUGAUUGAUCAAUAUGAUGAAGUCAUUACUAGUCUUAGUCAGACGAAUGAUGAGAAGGCAAUUUCAGAAUUAUCCAAAGAUAGAAAUGUAUUCGAUUCAUUGGAGGAGGAAUACACUCAAGAGUCGGACUCACUACAGAAUUCUACUUUACCCCAAGACAUCAUUAAUUGUAUUAGUGAAUUUGACAAGAAUUAUGAAAGACUACUUAAUUCAUGGUCAAUACUUCCUUCAAGCUUGAAUCGAUUCAACGAAGAGCCUAUGGAGGAUGAGACAACAGUUGUUGGCAGUGGCAGUUUACUUCCUCUGAUUGUUAGUCAACAGCACGAUAAGGUUGAUACUAAUGAUUACAGUGUCAGCCACAUCAGUGAUGGAUUACAAGUGAUGUACAGAUGGUUCGAGGAAUUAGAUCACCUUGAAGACAACCUAAAAUCCUCAUGUGGUGAUGUCCUUCAUGAAAAUGAACUAUUUAUUAGUAGAAUAAAUAAAAUCAAUAAAUUACGUGAUGAUAUCAAAGAAAGAUUUACUGUGAGAUUGGCAGUGUCUGAACAAUUCUGUUUCAACCAUCGACUUGAUAAGGUUCUCGUGGAAUUCCAUCAAUUAAAAAAAACAUUUAAACAAUCCGCUUUAUCAUUACUUCAAGAUAUUGGUGUGUCUGAGGAUGAAACAUACAUCACAUCGAAUAUAUUUCGCAUAUAUGUUCAAUCAUUAAGAAAUAAACUGUCUGAAACUAAAGGAUUAAUCAGUAGACUUCAAGAUUUAGCUGAUGAAACUAAUUCAGUUGAUUUCGGCAUAAAUGAUUUACCAUUGAAGCUGACGAAGACUUUGAGAAUAAUGCCUCUAUGGCAUGGACAAGUUAAAAUUAAUGAAGUGAUUGUAAACUUUUUGGAACAUAUUCAAAAUCAUCAUGAACGUUUACUUCUUGCCUAUGAACUGGCUGAACGUCUUUCAACAUGGUUAUCGAUAAUGCAUCCUAGAGUGGAUAAACUAAAAAUCAGACUACAACAAUGCAGUAUAAAACCAGUAAAUGAAGUUCCCAUUGAAGACUUGAACUCACAUUUGCAUAACAUAACAUUAUUCCGUCUUGAAAACUGUUCUCAAAUGUCGAUUAUUCAAUGCAUAGUCAAAGAUGGCAAUGAAUUCAAAAAUGUUAUUCUCCACCUGAAUGAAGAUUAUAAAUGGGAGGAUAAAACAGACGGCCUUCAGUUGGAAUUUCUUUCAUUAUCAUCCGGUAGUAGAUGUACCAAAGAGGCGUCUGAUGUUAUUACAUCAGUUAUACCCUUUGUAAAUCAAAAAGUGGAGAAAAUUAUGAAUGAUUUUAUCGUCAGUUUCAAUCAAUCAUCUAUCCUUCUUGAAGCUACUAGAAGUCGACUUAUUGAAACUGGACAAAUUCAAACACUGCUGAACGACUUUUCAAGUAUACUUAAUGAAUCAUCGAUUUGUUCUGCCAAAGUAUUGGAUCAUUGCCAGAGUGAAAAUGAGAUUGAAAGUGUUGGUCAGCAGGCGGAAGAGAAGGAGAAAGUUGUGGAAAGAGACGAAAAUGAUUUAUAUGUCAGUGAUGAACAAAACGACCUGGUUAAUGUAUCACUAAACCUUCCACUAAACCAUUCGGGAAAAAUGGAACACUUGGAGAUAUGGUGUAAAGAAGUAGAAUCAGUGCGAGGAAUGCUUAACGUGAUCGCUUCAAAUCCCUGCAUGGAUACUACUGAUGAUAAGGAUCUUGAAAGUGAAAUAAAACGAUUAACAAUACAAACUGAACAACAUUAUCUUGAUUUAUCAACAAAGAAAGCUAAACUAUUAGAUGAAGUAAAACAAAGAAUUGCCCUGCAUUCAGCAAAUAAAGAGUUUGAGAACCAAUUGCUUCUGUCUAUAUCUGCUUGUUCUACUUGGAUUGGUCAGUUAAGAGAGGAACUGACGAAGCUCGGUAUACCAAAUCACCUGAAUGUUGAUGUAGCUGAAGUGAAAUGGAAAGAGUUUAAGGAAUGGGAGUUAACAUUUCAAAAUGAAAGUCAUAAACGAUUAAGCAGUCUGAUAAAAAAAUUACCCAAUUCAAUAUUUCAAUCUAUUUUCAAACAAGAUAAAGCUUCAUUGACAAGCAUAGAAGAUUUUGUUUCAGACGAAAGAAACUUUAAUGACUACAUCAUCGACAUCAAUGACAAAAAAUCAACAUCGUCAUCAUCAUCGCUAACAACGAAAAGAAUUAAAUCACGUCUUGAGUUGAGCAUUUUACGUAUGCUAAGACAAUAUGCUGGUUGCCGACGUCAAUGUUCAAUCUUUAACAAAUUAUGGAUCAAGCAUAUAAACUAUGUAAAGCAUCAUGCGUACAGUUUGAACAAGAUACACUUAGUAUUUGAAGGAAUUCAAGCAGAAUUGUCCAAGUUGUACAGACCAUCGAAAUUGGUUAGCUGUUGUACAGCACAAUUGAAUAGUGUAAAGAAUGUUAUUGAUCAACUGAAAGAAUAUGAGGUGUUAGUAGUCAGUCUGUAUGAUUCACUACCUCUGCUGAAAUCGGUAUGUAGUACCAAUGAAGUAUCACGAGCAGUUGCAACUAUCAAAGAUACUAAACACAAUUUUGUCUGUUUAUUACGUCGAGCAACAGAACGGCAAAAGAUUCUAACACAAGCAUUAAAGGAAGAUACUAAGUUUGAUACAGCUUACCAUAGUUUAAUGGAGUGGUUCCUAACUAACGUUGAAGUGCUGAAAUCUUACAAUGCGCAUACUGUAUAUGAUGAAAAGAUUCAAGCGUCAAUUAAGACUUUGUGUAUUCUUGAAGAAUCGGGCUGGUAUUCAUUUCAAGUUAAUUGUCAAAUCGAAAUGGAGAAAUCAUCGUUAACUGCUCGAAAUAAGAAGUCGACAAUUUCAUGUCUAAAAGAAUGGCUACAUUCUGUAGAAGAACAGCUUGGUAUUGAGAAUAUUCAUAGUGGACUAAAAUCUACCAAAAUUUCAUCGGAAAAUGCUAAUAGUAAUAUUGAACAGCCAUUUUCCAAUAGCACUGAGUCAUCGAAUGAGGAAUGCAACAAACAAUCGUUGAAAUCAUUAUAUUCAAGUUUCAGUCAUCAACAGUAUGUGAGCAUUGUUUCGGUUGCCGGUGAUAUAGCUUUCGUUCAAUCUGUGGAUUCAAGUCAUUCGAUAUUGGGUGAACAGUUAUGCCAGCAUGAAAAGUUAUAUCAAGAAAUGAUUUCAAACGAUGCCAACACCAGUGAAUCAGCUGAUCUAAUGGAUCGUUUAAUUCGAAUAAGGAAAGCUUACAAUUUAAGAUGUAGAAGUCUUCAGAUGGCAAGGGAUAUCGCCAGUGAUUUGACAACAAAUUAUACCAACCUAAAGUCCUGGUUAAUGGAAGCCUCUUAUCAAAUCAGUCAAAAAUAUGACUAUGGUCAUAAUCUCAAUACUAAUGACGAUAAUAACAAUAAUAAUAUUGCUAAUAUGCUAAAUAAACCAAUACUACAGGUUUCGUUAAAUAUUACUGAGGAGUCAUUGCCUCGGCAAACUGAGGAGUGUUCAACCACUUCUAGAGAUCUUCCGUAUAAAUCUCAAUUAAAUCUCUGCUUCAAACUGUAUACUGAACAACAACAAACAUACCAAUCAAUGUUCAUUGAAUUGCAAAGGAUAAUGAAAAAGAUACUUUUACACAAUGCUAACACGGAAUUCAAGAAUGGCCUCAGGACAAUACCAGAUGAUCGUCUUGAUGAAAUUCCUGUUUACUGUCAUAAAGACUACCGUAGUCAACUUAUUGCGCAAUAUAAAGAGAUUACACAUCUAUGGCAUAAAGUUGAUAAACGCUUACAGUGCUUAUGUGUGAAAUUAGGACAAUCUCUGGAAGCAUUUAAUACUCCAGAUGAUCGAAAUCUAGUAGAGAAAGUUUAUCAGGAAUUAGAAGAGAGAAUCGAUCUAUCAAGAUGUACCGUCUUGAGUGAUUUUGACUUCGAUGAAUGGAGACGUAAUUAUCUACAGUGGAUUGAAAGUUGUCACUAUCGUCUAGCUGAUAUAUUUCCUACUGUUACUGCCAGUACCGAUACCAUUCAAGCUGAUCACAAAAAUCAAAGCUUCACUUACACCUUUCUCCAACAUCUUCAACAUCAUUGA